AUGUCAAAUAGAUUGGACUCUUUAAAUACGAAAAAGACUCCUACACCUUCAGGUUCCAAGUCUGGAUUGAAAUUCAAACCCAAAGUUGUUCAAAGAAAAUCCAAGGAGGAGAGGGAGAAAGUAGCACCAAAAGUCAAAGACGAAAGUUCACAUGCAUCAACGCAGCCUACACGAGGUCGUGGAGGUGGUGCACGAGGUAGAGGGAGAGGGGGUCGUAAUAAUAAUUACGCAGGGACACAUUUGGUGACUCAGGGUCCGUUGGCAGCAGGAUCUGUUUCUUUGGGUAAAGCAAGUGGAUCGAAAUUGGGACUUACAUCUGAUUUGAUAUUCAAUAGCUCUGGUCAGGAGGUUUCAACUUCAGAGUUUAUUGGUAGUUUGAAACUAAAGGAUCCAAAGACCUUGAAGAGUCCGUCUGGAGAAGGAGCAGAAGGUCGUAAUGGCGAUGACGAUGAAGAAGAGGAAGAUAAGACUAGAAUCAACAUGACCAAAGAGUACCGAUUUGAGGAGAGCGAAACUGAAUUGUUUCCGCAAAGACCAUUUAGAGAUGAUGGUAUACAACGUAAGGUGGAGGAAACAAAGGUUGUAGAGGAACCACUGCCAGUGAAACUAGAACCAUCAGCGGAGAAUACUCCUGCAGUAAUAUCAAUAAGCAGAGAAGAUACAGCAAAGAGUGAAAACAUCGAAGCAAAGAUUGAGCUGAUUAAGGAGAACAAGGCCAAAUUGGAGAGCAAGAUCACUCAAGCAGAUUCAAUUGUGACCGAUGAACAGAGUAAGUUGAUAACAGAUCAUGAACAAAUUAUCGAUCUCUUGACAGGUUCAGUUCAGGAUGUUUCUAUCAAUGAAACAAAAAAAGAAGAAGGAGCAGAAGAAGAAGCAGAAGAAGAAGCAGAAGAAGAAGGAAAUCACACCAGCAAUUACAACAAAACCAAUAACAAUAAUAAGUAUGUAAUGUUCCAGUUGCCUCACUUGCCAACUUAUGAACGUGAGAAAAGCAAGGUCAAGCUAGAACCAGGAAUUGAGCACUCUACAAACAUUACAGAAGAAGCAGAAAAACUGGGUAAAGAGUCACAAGAGGAAAAGACAAGAUCUGCGUUUGCAACAACGAGCUCCGAUCUUUAUGGAACAAUAGGUAAAGUCAACAUCCAUCAAUCUGGUAAGAUUACAAUAUCGUUGGGUAAUGGAAUAAAAUUGAAUGUUACAAAAGGUUCGCCGACUGAUUUCUUGCAAGAGUUGGCAUUAUUGGAAGUUAGGGGCCAGCCGUUGGGUGAAAACUCCGAUGACAUGGAUUUGGUUGAUGACGAAGGUAGAGAAGUUGCCGGAAAGUUGUUUCACUUGGGAAAUGUUAAUGAUAAGAUAAUAGCCACUCCUUGUAUAGAGUGA